UAGAAACUAUGGCGGCAAAUCACCUCCCAAUUCUUCAAUUUGAAGACAAGAUUUUGGAAAUUGUGGAUCAAAAUCCAGUUACCGUUAUUAUCGGCGAAACCGGUUCAGGUAAAAGCACUCAACUCUCCCAGAUUUUACACAGAAGCGGUUACUCCAAUUCCGGUAUCAUCGCCGUCACUCAGCCUCGUCGUGUCGCCGCCGUCUCCGUUUCUCGAAGAGUUGCACAGGAGCUUGAUGUUCGAUUGGGAGAUGAAGUUGGUUAUGCAAUAAGAUUCGAGGAUAGAACUUCAGAGAGAACUCGUAUUAAGUAUCUUACUGAUGGAGUACUUCUUCGUGAAAGUCUUUCAGACCCUGAAUUGAAACAAUAUUCAGUUAUAAUAUUGGAUGAGGCUCAUGAAAGAAGUUUAAACACGGAUAUUUUGAUGGGGCUGAUGAAGCGUUUGAUUAAACUACGUGCCUCUAACCUAAAGGUUUUGAUCACUUCGGCGACUCUUGAUGGUGAAAAGGUGUCUAGUUUUUUUUCUGAGUGCCCCAUCUUGAAUGUUCCUGGGAAGUUGUUCCCGGUAGAAAUAUUGUAUAGUUCAGAGCAACCUAAAAGUUACAUCGAGUCUUCUUUGAAAAAAGCUAUUGAUAUACAUGUAAAUGAGCCAGAAGGGGACAUUUUGAUAUUCAUGACAGGACAGGAUGACAUAGAGAAGUUGGUAUCAAAAUUGGAGGAAAAAAUUCAAAGGCUUGAGGCAGGAUCAUGUAUGGAUGCAGUAGUCCUCCCGCUUCAUGGCUCUUUGCCACCUGAAAUGCAGAUACGGGUGUUUAAUCCCCCACCUCCAAAUUGUAGGCGUUUUAUUGUGGCCACAAACAUUGCUGAAACCUCUUUGACUGUUGAUGGUGUUGUGUAUGUCAUCGACUCUGGUUAUGUGAAGCAGCGACAAUAUAAUCCAUCAAGUGGAAUGUAUUCUCUGGAUGUGGUUCAAAUUAGCAGGGUACAAGCCAACCAACGAGCAGGACGAGCUGGUAGAACACGACCCGGAAAGUGCUUUCGUUUAUACCCAUUGGCUGUUUACCAUGAUAAUUUGUUGGAGGCAACCGUUCCAGAAAUACAACGAUCUUCUUUAGCUGGCAGUGUUCUUUAUUUGAAAUCAUUGGACCUCCCUGAUAUUGAUAUUCUUAAAUUUGAUUUUCUUGAUGCACCGUCACGUGAGUCCUUACAAGACGCUCUUAAACAAUUGUUUCUGAUUGACGCUAUAGAUGAAAAUGGCACCAUCACUGAUAUAGGAAAAGAAAUGUCAGGGCUUCCUUUGGAACCUUCACUUGCAAGGACUUUAAUUGAGGCAAAUAAACAUGAUUGCCUGUCCCAAGCUUUGACCGUAGCUGCUAUGUUGUCAGUGGAAGGUACCUUGCUUCCUGGACGAAGCAAAAGCAUGGACAAGACCAGCAAAAAUAUAGACAAGAAGAGGAAGCAUCAUUCUUCAGAGCUUCCUGAUGGUGCAGGUUUGGGUGAUCAUAUCCAGUUACUUCAAAUCUACGAGCUCUGGGAUCAAAUUGACUAUAGUAUUGACUGGUGCAAAGAUAAUAACUUACAGGUACGAGGUAUGCUAUUUGCCAGAGAUGUCCGGAAACAGUUGUCUCAAAUAAUGCAUGACAUUGCAAAAGGUAGCUUAGGUGUCAAGAGACAAGAAAGGCGUAGAGAUAGACAACAUGACUAUAAGAGCUUAAGAAAAUCUCUAUGUGCCGGCUAUGCAAGCCAACUUGCCGAGCGGAUGAUGCGUCAUAAUGGUUACCGAACUCUUGGGUUCAAGUCUCAGCUUGUUCAGGUGCAUCCAUCUUCUGUACUGCAAUCAGAUGACGAAGGAAUGCUUCCAGAUUAUGUCGUGUACCAUGAACUUAUUUCUACUUCACGACCAUUUAUGCGCAAUGUAUGUAAAGUAGAGAUGCGAUGGGCGACCCCAAUACUACAAAGGCUUGAGAAGCUAAAUGUCAACAAACUCAGCGGUGGUGGAGUCGGUCAGUCUGAGGAGAUUACUGCAGAUAGUAACACUGAUUUUCCAAAGGAAGAGCUAAACACUGUCGUUCCUGCUGAUGACUCCAAAAGCAGAAUACAAGCAGCCCGUGAGCGUUUUCUUGCCCGUAAAGGGAAUAAAUAGUAAUGCUACUUCUGGUGUUGACGUUUUAGUGUGUCUGCUCUCUGUCUUUCCGUACCCUGGUUAUGAGUACUAUGCAUGCCAUCAACUUUAACCCAGAAGUGGCGUUUCAGGUGGCAUAUAAAAGUUUUUAAGCCAUCACCUUUUCCAGUCUCCUAAGAUAUACAAGAAGGAUUGGCCGAAAAGUUUUGUUAGAACACGGGUGUCAUACUGCAGUCCGGAAGGUCAAGUUGAUGUAACAGUAUAUAGAGCGGCAUCAUGCCAACUGUUGUAUAUUACUGAUAACCAACCGAUGGUCUUUGACCUGGUUGGUGUUUCACAAAUACAUGCACCAUUCAUCAGAACAGGAGAUGUUAAUUUCAUAUUACACGCUUCUGUUAUUGUAUAGCUGUCAAUUUGCCCUUGUAGUUCUUGAUUUGCAUUUGUGAAUUGUCAAUUGUGAUGCUUACGUUACAGAAUUUAUGACAUGAAAAACUUUUGAAA